AUGGGUAGUAUACAACGAUUGAACAAAGCUCUUUGGAAUAACAUCACUCGACUCAAGUUAUUGGAGAAACCUAGUAAUCCUUAUAGAUUUAUACUUGAACACAAUCCAUUUGAUGAUGAAGAUGACGAACAAGUUGCUGAAGAAAAAGAUGAAUAUGUUAUUAGCGGACGAAUUUUUCCAAAUUCAGAUAUUUAUAAAGAAGGUUCUUAUCGGAUAGAAAUAAAACUAACAUCAGCAUAUCCAUUAGAAGCACCUGUAGUACGAUUUGUAACUCCUAUUUAUCAUCCAAAUAUUGCAAAAGAUGGUACAUUUUGUCAUCAUUUAUUGAGUAAUUCCUCAAAAUGGAAACUAAAUCGAGCAGCAACUUUGGUUGAUGUUAUCAAAGUUAUUAUAAAAUUUAUUGACGAACCUGAUCCUGACUAUGCUGUUAAAUAUGGUAACUAA